AUGGAGCUCAGUCAACUUCCUCUUGUGCUCUUGCUGAUUUCAAACAUCCACUCUGGACACAAUAAAGAAAAACCAAAACCCAAAGUGAGCAUUAAACCUGAUCAACAUGUAUUCAGAGGAGAGACAGUCACUCUCAGAUGUGACAUUGAUGGUGAAGGAGUCACUAGCUGGCAGUACAGCUGGUAUAAAGACAGUUCAAACAGUGUUUUCAGUGAACUACAGGAACACACAUUCAGUCCUGUUACUGAGUCUGACGCAGGUAAAUACUUCUGUUAUGGAGCAGAGAGAGGAGGAUCACGAACAUCAAACAUCAGUGAUGCAGUUACACUGAAAGUAUCAGAUACAGUCCAGGCAGUUUUAAGUGUUUCUCCACAGAAGUGGUUGACUGAAGGAGAUCCAGUGACUCUGAUCUGUGAGGUUAACAGCUCCUCUACAGGCUGGACAUUCAGCUGGUACACUCUAACUUUUUCAUCAGGUAACAAUCAUUAUAAGUUGCUCUCAGACAGCAGCAGAGGAGCUGGAGGAAACUACAUUGUCAGUUCUGCUGCUCUAAAUCACACAGGAGUUUAUGUGUGCAGAGCAGAGAGAGGAGAACCAGCCUAUUACACAACCAUCAGCAGCAAACAACUGCUAUGGGUCACUGCUGUAAUUUCCUUCUCAGGUGUUUCUCCUCCUGUCUCUCUGAUCAUCAGUCCCAGCAGAACUCAACACUUCACAUUGGUCUCUCUCUCUCUGAGCUGUGAGGACCAGAGUAACUCUGAUAGAUGGAGAGUGAGAAGAUACACAGGGAGUGGACAGUGGGAAGAUUGUUCAUCAUUACGCCGGGCAUCACAAACAGGAUCUACAUGUACAAUCAGCUCUAUCAACACAUCAGACACUGGAGUGUACUGGUGUCAGUCUGAAUCUGGAGAGAACAGUCAUCCUGUUAAUAUCACUGUACACCCUGAUGUGAUUCUGGAGAGUCCUGUUCAUCCUGUGACUGAAGGAGAUACUCUGACUCUACGCUGUUUAUAUCAACAUUCAACCCCACCAAACCUCAGAGCUGAUUUCUAUAAAGAUGGAUCACUCAUCCAGAAUCAAACUACAGAGAUGAUCAUCUCUACUGUCUCAAAGUCACAUGAGGGUUUCUACUACUGCAAACACCCAGAGAGAGGAGAGUCACCCAAGAGCUGGAUCUCAGUCAGAGCCUCAAGAUCUGAAGGGUUCAAUCUCAUGAUAGUUGGAGUGACUGCAGGACUGACCGUCACAUUUUUGAUCAUUGUCGUCUUGGUCCUUCUGUGGCGCUACAGAAACAACAAAGGUGUAAGAUCUCAGUCUCGCUCUAGUGUCAGUCAACAGCAGAACAGCAGUCAGACAUCAGAGCAGAACCAGAGUGAC